GAGUAGUGUUUUGUCAGUCUGUGAAAUGUUGCUAGCGGGGGGCCCACUGCAUCGCAAAUCCCUCAAGGCUUGAUGGCUGGACCUCAAAGCUCGCCUGCUGUGAACUUUGCCCAUGAAAAAUCUGCUCUCAGGAAUGAAAGGCAUCUAAGACUGCUGGAUUACCUUAUUGGCGUACCUUAUUUAUGAAGUCAGAGCUCCAAGAAGGGAGGGACCUAAGAACUUGUGUGUGCGCGAGUGAGUGUGUUUGUGUUUUUAAAGCGAAAGAAGGAGGGAGGAAGAGAGGGAGGGAGAGACCAAAUCUGAAAGGAGGGGGAGGGCAAGUCCACAGAGACAGGAGAGACUAAACGACACAAGUGAGCAGUCAAGGCAGUCUUGAGUUACAGGAGCUCUAUGUCUGCUUGGAUAAGACUGAGGUGGCUUUAGGUUUUGCUCUCCUGCCGUGGGCCUUGGGAGGGGCAGGACCCGGCAGGCCACCGGGGACAGGAGCCGUAGCAUGGGACACAGUGCAAGCAGUGAGACAGUGGCCCAGCAACCAGCCCAACACAACACGGACGAUGAGGUUGACCUGCAACACGGCACAACACCGGGUGAAGAAGAAAACUCGGGUGGGGGAACGCCUCCAACCAAACGCAAAGGCAAGUUCUCCAAAAUGGGAAGGAUCUUCAAGCCCUGGAAAUGGAGAAAGAAGAAGCCAAGUGAGAAGUUCACAGAAACAUCGAUAGCCUUGGAAAGAAAGAUUUCUGUCAGAAAAAGUCGGCAAGAGCUGAUUGCAAGAGGGGUUCUAAAGGAUAUCCCAGAGAAUGAGAGCAAUGAUGUAAACCACUCCAAAGCUCCACCAGUGAAAAAUGGACACCCUGUGCCAAUGGACAUGGACAGGGUGUCAGAAGCAGGGGUGCGAGUGUCCCGGGGGGAGUCUGACAUCAAGGCGAAUGCCCUCAGGCUGCCCCAAGUGGAUGAACGUCGGAACCGAGCGCCGUCCGAUGCCUCCCGAAGUAACCGUGCACCUCUGGAUGUGGACUCUCACACACGGCUUCCUGUGGACGUGGACAGACGGAGCCGUCUGCCGUCAGAUGUUGAUAAGAGAGGUGGAUCUUUACCCCGAGGGCCUCCACAAGAUGAUAGAUACCGCAGAGAAGAGAGGAAAGAUGGAAAAGAUGACAGGGAGGACAGAGGAAGGAAAAACAGGGAAGACUUAGAAAGAAGGGACUGGCGAGAGGAAAGGGAAAGGGAUGGGGGAUUGGACCGGAGGGAAGACAGAGACUUCAGAGAAAGGCGAGAAUGGAAAGAUGACAGAGACAGAAGAGAUGAAAGACCAGACAGGGACAAUAGAGAAAGGAGAGAUCGAGACGAGAGGGAGAGGACUCUCCUUUACUGUUUGUGUUUGCAUGUGUGUACCCCCUCUGUAGAGUCCGUUGGUGUCCGCUUCGCCCCUGACCCUCGUCCAGCACAAGACCCUCAGCAGGAACCUCCGCCAGCCAAACAGGCUCUGCUUCCCCCGAAAUUUCUCACCGCUCCCUCCACUGAGUCCGGCAGGAGUCCAACCCCCACCCCUCCUUCAUCCUCCUCCUCUUCCUCCUCCUCCUCCGCCGCCUCUGCCGCUGUAGCUGUGGCCAAGCCGCCGAGGACGGUCUCCCUAAUAGCCGACGACCCACCUCGACCCGCUUCUUCCUCUGCUGACUGUGACGCCCCGCCCCCCGUCCCUCCCCAUGCCAAGCAGCCUCCUGUCCCUCCACCCAAACCCACCAACCGCAACAGCAACCCCGCACUGCUCGCCUCCUCAUUGAACAGGGGCUCUAAGGUCAGGCAGCCUUGUUACUGGACCAGCUGGAGACGGCAGAGUGAGCUCGGCCUGUACCUUUCUCUACCUGUGUACCUGCGGCACAGAGCUGCCCAGACCCACUCAGCGGAGCUUUCACAGCAUGGCAGUGGUGUCAUCAUAGUGCCAGCACCCGCUAAGCGCUCUCCACCGACGCCACCAAAGAGGAUGACCCCUGUCACAAAGCGCCAUUCUGUGGACCCAUCUCUUCCCAGUCAGGCCCCGGAGUCUCCCACCACUGACCCAGCGUCCGCCCCUGUACUGGUGCCUCCUGCUGUCCUUAAAGGAGAGAACAGCGAGGACAAGCCAACUGCAGCAGCUCCUCAGACCUCCGCCGAGUCUCUGCCUUCACUGCCGUCCCACAUACCUCCAUCCCCUCCCAGAGUUCAGUCGCUCCAGCAACCCCAGCCGCCCAGCACCUCCUCCUCUGGUCCUGUGCCCGCCGUGCAAGCUGAUCCUCCGCCCCCGACCACAGAGCCUCCCAGCCAGCCUCCAGCCAUCCCCCUACACAUCCUCAUCCAGAGGGCCCUUGCCAGCCCCGGCCCCGCUCAGCCCAACCCAGAUGGCUCCCAGAGGGCACACUCACUGCUGUUUGAGUCCCCUCCAGAAUUCCUCAUCGAGGGGCCAGGCAACUCGAGGCACUCUCUCCCUAUCACCAUCGAACCUCUCAGGCUGCCAGAAGAUGAUGACUUUGACAUGGAGGAGGAGUUGCGGAAGCUUCAGCCUCAGAGGAUUCCUCGCCAGGCCGAGCUGGAGCCCCGCAGCAGGAGGGGUUUGGUCGGAGACCCCAGAGUGAGUGUCAUCCAUGAGGGUGGAGGCCCGGGGGACAGCGAGGAGGAGUCUGACUCUGACGGCCCCAUCCUGUACAGAGACGACGACGACGAGUGGGCUGGCGAGCCGCGUGAAGAGGAAAGACACGUUGGCCCUGAAGCUGGAGAGAGAGCGAGAGGAAAGGGAGGCGCAGGAGAGCCACGAAGACAUGAGCUGGCACAACAGGGACCAGUGGGUGGCAGUGAGGAACAGGAUCGGUACCACACUGAACCGGCGGCUGAGUCAGAGGCCGACAGCAGAGGAGCUGGAGCAGAGGAAUAUCCUUCAAGCCAAGAAUGAAGCGGAUCGCCGAUUAGAGAGAUGCGAGAUCAAACGGAGGCUCACGAGAAAGCUGUCGCAAAGACCCACAGUGGCCGAACUCCAGGCGAGAAAGAUCCUGCGCUUCCACGAGUACGUCGAGUCCACCCACGCCCACGACUACGACCGGCGAGCAGACAAACCGUGGACGAAGCUCACUCCUGCUGACAAGGCUGCCAUCCGCAAAGAGCUCAACGAAUUCAAGAGUUCCGAGAUGGAGGUUCACGAAGAAAGCAGGAUCUAUACCCGGUUCCAUCGGCCUUAGCUGUCCACGCUGACCAAUAAAGCACUUUUGGGACUGGGAGCAGUGAGGAGGUGCAAGCCCCUCUUCCCCUGCUUUGAACUGAACGUGUGGCCCAUUUGGUCUGUUUUUAUUUUACUACUGACUGCCUGCUAACCUGCUUCAGCUGAAGACGCCCAUAACUGGAACCGAAGCGAAAGAGGCCGCGGACCAGUUCAACCUCAGGUGGUUCUCCAGUUCUCAGACUGGAGUUCAGGACAGGAGGAGUUUUUCGGUGCGUCCACGUUGGAGGCACCCGGUGCCAACACUAAAAAGGGGCGAGGAAGCCCGCCCUCCCUCCCUCUGCUGGGGGGUCAGAGAGCAUUAGAAUGAACUGAAAGGAUAACCGUUGGAGGGUUAUCACACUCUCACCAUGCCUUUACCUGCCUUCACAUUAUAUUCUCUCUCUUCCUCUUCCAGAACAGGAAGACUGUGCACAUAAAGAGGUUCUAUAACACUGUCGAUGGUACCACCAAACUAAUCUGGACUGUUUAAACACUGUUUAUAUGUUCGGUACUACCCAAGCCUUACUCCUCACAUGAUCUCACACUUAAGGUUCAGACAUAAUGUGAAAGACUUCCAGCGUACAGGAGUGUGUUUCUUAUUUAAAACUCAGUUGUAGCUCUAUUUGAAUCAACAGUUUGCGCUCUGCGUGUAGACCCCCAGAGCGCCGAUUCCAAACUGAAACAGAAAGUGUGCAUUUUACUGUAUUUUGUCGAUCAUUUAAAUGAUUCUCAUGGAGCACAUUAUCACUAGAUUAUUUUCUUAUAAGGCACCUUAUGUUCCUUAACUGGGUGUGUAGAAAAUGGAAAAGUCUUGAGCCUAUAUGUUUAUAAUUGAAUUAUUCAAGCAGGAAAAUGUACAUAUUUUUAUUUUCCUGGCUGUUUUAUGGUACUUUAUAUAUGCAAGUCCAUAGUUGGCUGCAAUUGUAUAGAUCAACUGUGUAGAUUUGAUUGACUUUAUUGUACAUCAACAGUAAUGCUGACCUGUUUUAAUUGUAAAGUAUUUCUCAAAUGUUGUUUCCAAGUAGUAAUGACACAAAAUAUUUCUUCUUUUUUUGAUACAGAGAUCUUUAACAUGUUUUUGCAAACCACACUGAAUACGUGAACAAUCCAUUCAAAAAUUAAAAUAACUUGUGAUUUUCAUUUCAA